AUGCUAGCAAGAAACCGCAUUUUGGUUGCUCUGAAGCGAACGAACCAAUAUCCAAUACUUGGAAGCAGAUUGUUGUCCAGCUCGGCAUAUCUCUACAACACGUCAGUGGAUAAAAAAGGUCAGCAACCAGCUCAACCAGUUGGUAGCGAUGUUGAGCCCCCAAAACGCAAACCUUUGAGUAGAAUCGCUAUAGGUGGAUCAACGAACCAGUCGCAACGGGAUAGCGGCGGAUCUAUUGAGUUUGCAACUUGGAAAGCAGCAGCUCUUUUGGUAACCCUCGGUGGUACGCUGUACUAUUUUUUCGCCAAGGAGAAACGUAGAUUAGAGAUUGAAAAGGAGGCUGAAGCCAACAGAGGGUACGGGAAACCUUUGGUCGGUGGGCCUUUCAAGCUUGUGGACUUCAACGGCAACGAGUUUACCCAAGAAAACCUCAAGGGCAAGUUUUCCAUCAUAUAUUUCGGGUUUUCGCAUUGCCCUGACAUUUGUCCCGACGAACUGGACAAGCUGAGCGUGUGGCUGGACGAGCUCAAAAAAAGAGGCAUCGAGUUACAACCGAUUUUCAUUACAUGCGAUCCUGCCCGAGACCCCCCAAAUGUCCUCAAAGAGUAUUUGAGUGAGUUCCAUCCCGACCUCAUUGGUCUUACAGGAGACUACAACGCUGUCAAGCACGCGUGCAAACAGUACCGUGUGUAUUUCUCCACGCCACCAUCUCUUAAGCCAGGCCAAGAUUACUUGGUUGACCACUCUAUCUUCUUCUACCUCAUGGAUCCCGAAGGCCAAUUCAUUGACGCCUUGGGAAGACAGUACGACGAGAAAACAGGAGCAGAAAAAAUACAAGAACAUGUCAAGGCAUUUGUACCCAAAGAAGAGCGUGAAAAGCGGAAAGACAAAUGGUACUCAUUUCUUUUCAACUAG